GAACUCCACCAAUGACAUCAGACCAGGCGUGAGCUGCAAGCUGCCCGGUCCAUCUCCUUAUCUAUUCACGGCCUGCACACCCCCCAUUUCAGCUCUUUCUAGUCGGACACCUGCCUUGGAAUGCAUACAGAGGGGAACAUGCACAGUAAAGAUAAUUCAUGCUGCUGCUCGUUUGAGAACUGCAAGCUGACGACGGACUGGCUGCUGAGCAGGAUACGACACCGGCCCAAGAUCGCCGUGGUGUGCGGCUCGGGACUCAGCCUCCUGGCCGACGAUGUCACCAACAAACAAACUUUCCGUUACGAGGACAUCCCCAACUUUCCCAUCAGCACAGUUCCCGGUCAUGAGGGACGUCUGGUCUUUGGCCAUGUGAACGAUAAGGCCUGUGUCUUCAUGCAGGGCCGAGUUCAUCUUUACGAGGGCUACUCAUUGUGUAAGGUCACGUUCCCGGUACGGAUCUUCAAGCUGAUGGGAGUGGAGACCAUCAUUGUGACAAAUGCCUCAGGAGGCCUGUGUGAAGACUUCAAAGUGGGAGACAUUAUGCUCAUUAAGGACCACAUUAACUUACCCGGCUUUGCUGGACAGCACCCGCUGUGUGGUCCAAAUGAUGAACGGUUUGGGAUUCGGUUCCCGUGUAUGUCGGACGCCUACAGCAAAGAGCUGCGGAAGCUGGCCAUGUCGGUGAGCAGUGACCUGGGCUACUCCAACUUCAUGCGGGAGGGGGUCUACUGCAUGGUGAGCGGGCCCAACUUUGAGACCAUCGCAGAGGCUCGCAUGCUGCACGUCCUGGGAAGUGACUCAGUCGGCAUGAGCACGGUUCCUGAGGUGACGGUGGCCAAACACUGUGGCCUGCGAGCGCUGGGCAUCUCGCUCAUCACCAACAAGGUGUCGCUGGACUACAGCCGCGAGGAGAAGGCCAACCACGAGGAGGUCCUGGAGAUCGGGCGCAUGCGGGCCGAGAUGCUGCAGAAGCUGAUCCGGAACCUCAUCACCCGCUACGACCAGCUCGACGGCAACCAGAUGGAGACGCUCAACGGCCACUAGGGGGAACCUGAGAGUCUCGCUCCCUAAACUCGCAAACGACUCAAGUAAAGCCACACAAUGUUGUUCGCCUCUUUAAAAUAAUGGCUUCAAACUCAUUUUGAUGAUAUACUCUGACUCUCGUUCACUGUUAGUACCAAUGCAUGUCCAGAAUGCCUGGGAUUGCACUAUGUAGCUUGUAGCUAUGUAGACACAUGACCCCUUUCAUCCGUUCUCCACAAAGUGUGUACCCCCUCAGUACUACAUGGGUAUCCAGUAUGUUGACAACUGAAGAAAAGACCAAUUUCAUCAUUGUGUUACCCAAGAGGCCGUGGGUUCCACUGAUUUUAGAACCGCUAAGGGGCAUUGUUAGCCACGAUGCGCAAUCCCCAUAAUAAACUCAAUCUGGCAAGAUUCUGUGUAAUAAAGGCCCAGCAAUGAGAAAUGUAACGAUUUAUUAAUAGAAUAUGAAUUAUUCUACAAUUUAUUCAUAUUCUUCCACAGAGAAGUAUACUCGUUUGAUGAGGUUUUUGAUAUUUGUUUCAUUCAACGUACAUUUUAUGUAAUGUACUGGUCAAUUUACCCAUUAUCUUAGCCGACCCCAAGGUUUGGAAACGAUGCAUUACAGGGUGUUGCAGAGUUAUUCCUCAGCUGCAGAGAGACUUCCAACAAACUGCGCUAUGCACCAUUGAGUGAAAUGAGAUAGUCUCCCCAUAUUACUAUCAAUGGAUGUAAAAUGUUAAUACAGUAUUAGAAGUGUGAAUUGCAUCCCACAUAAUGGGGGAUGUAGACUUCAUUCCUGCAUCAUGCAAAUGGUGAAAUGAUGUCAACAGAUUAUUUUUAUGCACCUGACAACCUAUAGAGUAGCCAAAAAGUCUCAGUCAUUACAGUAAAGGUGCUUUUGCACAGAUGUUCUCAUACAGGGCUCCAUGUUUGUACCCGACAUGAAACAUGUUUAUGUAAAUAAGAAAUAAAAUCCUUACUCUUCAAAUAA